UCAUACACAGCCAUUAAAACGUCACGUCCGUAUCCGGGUGUAUAUUUCUGUGUUUUUAUGAUCCUAACUUGACUUUGGACCCGAAUUCUGGUGACGACAUGAUCUCUCACAGUCACAGGUCUUACCCCGACAGGAGGAGAAUGGCCACCAUGCCGGGUGAUGGGAAGGAAUCGGAGCUGACUGAGAGGAUAGAAACUUUCAUGGGGCAACUCAGACAAAGACAAACCCCAGGUUCCUACAAUGUAGCCUACACCACGCUGGACAUCCUACGCAGGGUCGUGUCACAGACCAGAUGGCAGACUGCAAAGGACCUGAUGGUGAUAGUGAAGAGAGAAGGCAGGAGACUGGUCAGUGCACAGCCUUCUGAGACGGUGGUCGGAAACAUGAUCAGGAGAGUGUUGAAGAUCAUCAGAGAAGAAUAUGCCAGAUUACGAGGCCAGAAUGAGGAAGGUGACCAGGAAUCUCUACAUAAACUGUUGGUGGCAGGAGUAGAAGAUGAUGACUACAGUCUAAGUCUACAUGGACUCAAGCCUGCAGUCAUAGAAGCCAUCAAUGAGAUGAUGACUGAACUGGAGAGCAGUGCAGACAACAUCGCCAUGCAGGCUCUAGAACACAUCCACUCUAAUGAGAUUAUCAUGACUGUGGGACGGUCACGGACAGUCGAGUCUUUCCUAAAGAGUGCUGCAAGAAAAAGAAAGUUCCAAGUGAUUGUUGCAGAAGGAGCUCCUUUCUACCAGGGUCAGGUCCUGGCUAAGAACCUAGCUGAGAAGGGGAUUGAGACAGUCGUGAUCACAGACUCCGCUGUGUUCGCUAUGAUGUCACGGGUCAACAAGGUCAUCAUCGGAACUCAUACAGUCAUGGCUAAUGGGGGGUUGAAGGCCAUUAACGGCAGCCACGGAAUCGCUCUGGCUGCGAAGCACCAUUCAGUGCCUGUUAUUGUCUGUGCGUCCCUGUUCAAGUUGUCACCACAGUUCCUGGUGUCAUCAGACCAGGCUGCUUUCAACAGAUUUGUGUCUCCAGAAGAAGUCUUGAGUUUUUCUGAAGGAGACCUGGUGUCGAAGGUCCACAUCCCCAACCCUGUGUUUGACUACGUCCCUCCAGAACUGGUCACACUCUUCAUCUCUAACAUAGGUGGCAACGCCCCUUCCUAUGUGUACCGACUGCUGAGUGAGCUUUAUCAUCCAGAUGACCAUGAUCUGUAGCACGUUAUACACACUCGUUUUCCUUCCCUCGUCGAGAAAGACUAUAUAUGUAUGAUAUUGUGAUCUUUGGGUGUCAGUGACUACCUUUAGCACAAAGGAAAUGCUGAAU